UGCCCAUAAAUUCUCAGUCGCUUCGAAAACCCCUAAACCGUAGGCAUCGUCCUCCGUCUCCUUUCGUUCCGGAACAACCAUGUUUCGUCGUACCCCCUGCAGGCGGCUUUCACGUUGGGGAAAAAGAAGAUUCAGCAGCAAGUCGGAGGAGACGAUGAGCACGAGCUCGAGCUAUUCAUUUACAGAGGCAUCUUGUAUGCAACAUUGGCGUAAAAACUGGGACCCCCAAAGAAAGAACCGAUUAACAUCGAGCACAUUCGCUCAAGCCAUCGGGUUCUGGCCAAACCGUAGAGUCCAGCUCUGGUUAGAGAAAAUCGGAGCGAUAGAGCCGUUCUCAGGCAACGCAGCCACGUGCUGGACCAAGAUCAAAGAGCUCGAAGCGCUCAAUCGUUACCACGUUCUAACGGGACACGACUUUGUCUUUCCCGAGUUCGUUACUUUAACAGAAGACGAAAACUGGUUAGGAGCUUCUCCCGAUGGAGACAUGUACGGUUUGGUCAGCGAGGGGUCGAAAGGUAUGCUCGAAGUGAAGUGUCCGUACGGAGAGGGUUGUCCGUGGAAGAAAGUGCCGUGGCAUUACGUGCCGCAGGCUCAGGGUUUGAUGGAGAUUGUGGGGAGAGAUUGGUUGGAUUUGUAUUGUUGGACUGUUAACGGGAGUAGUCUGUUUAGGAUCGAGAGAGAUUCUGUGUUUUGGGGAGAGAUGAAACCGACGCUUGUUGAUUUUUGGGAGAGGCAUGUUGUUCCUGGGAGAGACAGGUUUUGUGAUAGCUCUCUUGUGAUAACAGAUCCUUUGGUGGAGCUGGUGGAGUUUGUGCCUGAAUCUAGACAUGAACGGUGUAAUCAGAUUUUGCGUGGGACUGAGAGGGUCAUGGAUAACUCUUGUAAGCGUCUGUUUUAUGAAAUUAAUGGUCAAAUAUUAGAUUGAUACUAACCAAACUCUCUCUGAACUGU